AUGGCGGGCUUGUCUUCGUACCACAAGAUGCGCCACGGAGAGCGGUGCGAGGAAUGCCCGACCCGUCACUGGUAUGAGCAAGAAGGUUUGCGCUUUUGUCGCAAUGGACAUCAGCUGGAGGGAUUCGCAGCGCACGAGGCAGGCGAAGAUGAGUACAACUCCACUGGUCGCGUCACCAAGGCCAAGAAGGAAAAGCAAACGCGCGAAGGUCUUAAGCUUGGAGGAUCAGAAGGCAGACGACUCUACCUCCAGGCACUUCAGUUCGUGCUCAAAAGGCAGGUUGAAUGGCUGCAAAAGGCCGGCCUGCAGCUUGGCGAGGAACAAGGCAGGACAUACGAGGAGCUUGUCAAGGAACUCUGGAGUCUGGCGUGCGCAAUGCCAGGCGUAAUGGAGAGCGUGGAAACGGGCGAGCUAACUGAUUAUGCAACCGAGGAUACCGUUGCGAGUAGUAGCGGACCAGAAGACAGCGACGCUUCAACCCGGAGUAAUGGCUGGCUGGACAAGAAGGGCAGCAAGCUACCAAGCCUCAUUCACACCUUGGCUCUUUGCUAUCUUGCCUGCGUGAUUCUGAAGCAACCGCUCACCACGGCUGACUUUCACCGCUGGGCCCAACGCGGCGAAAUAGAGUUCCUAGCCGCACUUCACUGUCUCCCACGAAAUGUACAAAGCCGUCUGCCGGCCAUGUAUCAUCGCUCUAUGCAAGUCCGGGAUCAUAUUAGACCGGGGAAGCUCCUUCGAACCGCGCAGGAGCUGGCAGUUGCUCUAAAUGUCCAUUACGCAAUCAGGCUACCUACGCUCAACUAUCCUCAGAUCUUAAUCCAGUACAUACUCGACCUCACGCUGCCAACAGACAUCUUUCUCAUGGCCAAGUCCCUCAUUCACAUUCUCAAUGCCACUUUCGAGUUUCCGGACGGUACGAGGAAAAGGACAAGGGCAAUGGACAGUCCAGAGUUACUCCUCAUUGCACUUGUUGUCGUAUCAACUAAAUUACUGCAUUCUCUCGACGGCAUAGAACGGCAGCCGGUCAAACAUGACGAUCCACGAGUCAAGCAGAUUGACUGGCUCGAAUGGCAAAAGAAUAGAUCAGAAGCAAGUGCGAAACGAUCAGAACACCGGUUAGAACUAGGGACAGAGUAUCGAGUUACGCCAAACGAGGCAGUUUUGAUGAAUGAGGACAAGAUGGACGAUUUCAUGGAUUGGUAUGAAAAGAUGUGGGUCAGUACCAAUGAUGCAGAGGUGCCUAGUAAGUCAUUAUACCAUCUCCUCCAGCAUCUACCGGCACCGGCAUUUCGUUUCGAGCUCUAUGGCUUGUCUUGGCUGUCAUCUUUUGAAGACUAA